UCUAUAUAUGUCUGUGUGUAUAAUUGAGCUUCUGAUCAAUCACUGAUUGGAUUUCUCUUUGUUUGGUUAUGAUUUGAAAGAAGUUUUCCAUUUUACUAAUAGAUAUUGUCAUGUAAUUUUUUUUUUUUUUUUUCAUUCUUAGUUUUGUGAAUUCAUUCUUUGUUCUUUUUUUUAUCUUGAACAGUUGCUGGGUUUGUUGGUUUAACAAUUAUUUUAUGAAUUGGUUGUCUUAGUGGAAAUGUAAUGACCGAAGCAGAUUGGUCACUGAUCCAAAAACACUGAGAGCAUUACAAAUCUUCAUUUAACCCUAUAGUCCAAGCAAAGUUGCAUUUUUUAAAACACUCAAAUUUACUAUACUGUCUGACAUACAGAUGAAUGCUUAGACACAUAAAUGACAGUAUCAGGCCCUAACACUCAACUUUACUAUACUGUCUGCAGAAUAAUAAUGUGUACCUGAUGGCAGCAUCUAGGCAGCAAUGCUGCCAGCAUUCUCUUCUUUUUGCACCGCAUAGUUGAUGGAUUGGCAAAGCUGGAGGUGGGAAUUGAAUUAGGAGUACUAACCAUACUUUGUGAAGGGUUGUAAUUGUUGGAUUUGGUCUGGAUUGCGAAAGUGUUUUUAGUGCAGAAGUGUGCCUUAGUCUGGAUUUUACCUGAUCCUCAAGCAGCAUGUGGAAAUCUGCCAUCAACAAACAGAGAUUAAGCUAUAUCGGGAAUCUGUUGAAUGUCUUCUAGGAAACUCAGGUGGACAACCAAGAGGUGCUUCGAUUCUUAUUUGCUAUGAGGGAUGACUUGCCACUCAAGGAUUGCUCUUCACAAUCAAAGACAUGUUUUUAUAAAGCCCUACUCCAAGUUCAAGAUACCUUCCAAGUUUAAGAAUCAAGAUGCUUAAAACUUUAAAAGUGCCUUAUUUACUGUUAUUAUUCUUGAUAGUUCAUACUCUACUCUCUUCAACAUACCUGCAUAUCUAGGGUGCCAAAAUGAAAACCAAUUUUGACCCUUCACAAAUUGUUCGGAGACUGCCGUGUCUUUCUUCUCGAUCAAUUUACUACGUAUAAAAUUCAGGAAGCAAAGAAACCCGCAGCAUCGCGCGGGCCUUUUCACUAGUUUCUAUGAGAUGGGACAAGUAGAUAGUUGAGGAUCAAGGCUGUAAAAUUUUCUUUACUUGCAGACAAUCAUGGCCACCUCCCACCUGGUUGCCACCUUGUUCUCUGCACCUUGUAUCUCCUCUGAAGCCAAUAGCCACCUGCCCAUGUAUAAAAAUGAGGUGUAUGUAUUUGAAAUACUAAUAGCAUGCAAAGAGAAGAAUGGCAUGAGAUUCCUUACACAUCAUUUGUACUUUUCUCCUCCUCACCUCCUUCUCUCUCCUAUAAAUACCAACGCCCUCUACUCCCCACUUCACCACAACCCAAAGCUAGCUAGCUAUCUACCACUGAUCAUUACUAUGGCAAAGCAUUUAGCUCUCGCCUUUUCUCUUUGCUUGCUUGUUCUCUUCCACGGCUGCUUAGCCAGACGCCAACAAUCUCAGUCCAGCCAGCAAAAUGAGUGCCAGCUGAACCAGAUCCAAGCCCGCGAGCCUGACAACCGUAUUGAGACUGAAGCAGGUCGGAUUGAGUCAUGGGACUACAACCAGGAUGACUUGCAGUGCGCUGGUGUCGCUGUUCAAAGAAUCACCAUUGAGCGUAAUGGCCUUCACUUGCCUUCUUACACUAACACUCCAAGGCUUGUGUACGUUGUACAAGGUAGGGGUCAUCUAGGGAUGGUAUUCCCUGGCUGUCCUGAGACAUUUGAGGAGUCUGAGCAAUCUGAUGAAGAACAACAGGGUCAACAACAGGGUCAGCAAGGCCAACAACGCGGCCGCCAGCAACAGGGACGCCGACAAGGACAAUUCGGACAGCAAGGCCAACAAGGACAACAAGACUUUGAACAGCUAGACCGACACCAGAGGGUGCGACGCGUCAAAGAAGGUGAUGUUAUCGCAAUCCCCGCCGGAGUCACAACCUGGUCUCACAACGACGGUGACAGAUCUCUUGUUUUUGUUACUCUUUUAGACAUCAGCAAUAACCACAACCAGCUUGACCAAAACCCAAGGCGAUUCUAUCUUGCUGGUAACCCACAAGAUGAGUUCAACCAACAAAGCCAAAGCCGACAAGGACAACAAGGCCAAAGACAACAAGGACAACAAGGAAGGAGCAGGCAGCAACGGCAGGGAAACAACAACAACAACAUCUAUGCCGGGUUCGAGACAGAACUCCUCGCCGACGCUCUCAACAUCGACCAACAGACUGCCCAGCAGCUCCAGGGACAGAACGACAACAGGCCACAGAUUGUUAGGGUUCAGGGACGUCUCGACUUUGUCGAGCCACCACGGUCACAGAGGGAGGAAAGACAACUGCAAGGACAACAAGGACAGAAUGGCCUUGAGGAGCUAUUCUGCCACAUGAAGAUCAAGCAGAACAUCGGCAAGCCUUCAAUGGCUGACGUCUUCAGCCCGCAAGCCGGUCGCAUCAGCACCCUCAACAGCUUUAGCAUGCCUAUUCUCAGGCACCUCCGCCUCAGUGCUGAGAGAGGCUUCUUGUACAACAAUGCUAUCCACAGCCCACACUGGAACUUGAAUGCCCAUGAGAUAGUCUAUGUCAUCAGAGGUAGCGCCAGGGUUCAGGUGGUGAACGACAACGGCGAGACCAUCUUGGACGACCAGGUCCGCCAGGGACAGCUCUUCGUCGUACCACAGAACCACGCCGUGUUGCAGAAGGCCAUGAGCAACGGAUACGAGUACAUUGCCUUCAAGACCGAUGACAAUGCCAUGAUCAACACUCUGGCUGGCAGGACCUCCGUCCUGCGGGCACUCCCCGACGUGGUCCUCGCCAACGCCUACCAGAUGGACCGUGAGCAGGCAAGGAACCUCAAAUACAACAGGCAGGAGACCCUUGCCUUGAGCUCCUCAAGGUCUUCCCAGUCACAGAGCUAGGUACUGGUGGGAGUAAAUGAGAGGUAAAAAGAUGUGUUGCGGCAUGUAGUGUUAAAGUGGUACUUGCUAGCUAAGCGGUAGAGAAUGAAUAAAAGUAAGCCUUUUAUGUAUGGCUCUCGUGUACUACUAGAGAUCUAAUGCACUCAGUUAAUAAGUAGCUACCGUACUUGUAAUCUUUUACUCUUUUCUAAUGAAAUUUCUUUCUUUUUCUC